UUUGUGUUUUCAAUACUUUUUAUAAACAAAUAAUUUUGCGAUCAAUGAGUGAUCACUCAAGUGAUGAUUAUAUGAUUAUUAAGUAACCAUUUGAUGACCACUGAUGGCAACUAACGAUAACAAGGAUGUGAUUGAAUUGGAAAGCAUUGAAGUACUUGAAGCAAAUCAAUCACAAUAUCUUAAACCACAUCGACUUCACUACAAACUCAAUGGCAGACCAUUGAUAUGGGAUCUGAUGAAAGUACACGACAGCGUAUCAAUAGUUUUGUAUAACCGGUCGACAAAUCGGCUAAUAUUUGUCCGUCAAUUUCGUCCGGCGGUCUUCUUUGCCUUUGUCUGCAAAAGUGUUGAUUCAAUAGAUUUGAAUAUGUUUUCCAAAGACAAUAUCAAUCAAUUUAAUGAAUUGUUGGUGAAAAACAAAAAUCUUGGUUUUACUAUUGAACUUUGUGCCGGUAUUGUUGAUAAACAAGGAAAAACUAUUAAAGAAAUUGCGAAAGAAGAAGUCGAAGAAGAAACCGGAUAUUUGGUCGACACUAAUUGUUUGCAAUUUAUUUCUUCAUUCCGAAGUGGAGUUGGAAUAUCUGGAUCUUUACAGCACUUGUAUUACUGUGAAGUCACAUGUGAAACACCUAAAGGAAAGGGAGGGGGAGUAGACGGGGAACAGAUCGAAGUGCUUGAACUAACCAUAGACGAGGCAAAGAAGUUGCUCUAUUGUGGGGACUCGGAGGCAAUGAUGUCGAGACCGGCUGGUCUGCUGUUUGGUCUCAGUUGGUUCCUAUAUCAACAUUUACCAACUCUUAGUUAAAUCUUAUAUUAGUAU